GGUUGUGUUUUGACUUUAAAAAUAUUUGUUGCAGUUGCAUUUUGGACAAGAAACUUGUUUAAUCUUUUUAUAUAAUGGCUUCUUUUGCCAAAUUUAUUAUACUAUUUUGGUCACUCAUCAUUAUGACCUACACUUUCUAUGUGGUCGGUAAAUUGAUGUGGUUUCUUUCGACACCGCGCUCGAUAUCAAACGCACACACCUGGAUUUUUAAUUUACUGGACAACAGAUCCCGUCUUGAGACCGCUUUUGCUCCAAUAGUCUUCGAUACGAUAUAUUCGAUUGGAUUCAUUUUUCAGCAUAGCAUCUUUAAGUCAGCGUUAGUGAAAAAUUUCAUUCACAAACUGCACCUGUCGGGUGCUGAGCGUUCUAUUUAUAGUCUGACGUCAUCGAUUUGUUUACAUUAUCUACUCCAAAACUGGCAGCCUGCCCAGUCGAUUGUGUUAUGGCAAAUCAAUGUGGACGACAGUGCUCCACUUUGGUGGACUUUUGUCGUGACCCACGGCAUCUGUUGGACCAUAAUCUUUGGGGGAACCAUUAUAAUGGAUCUGCCUGAAUUGCUGGGCAUUAAGCAAGCGUAUUAUGACCUCAAGGCCUAUGGAGAUCCACUUGCCUAUAAGGCGCGGGAGUUGCGUCAUCUGUACUCUCAUGUUCGACAUCCAUCAUUUUUGGGUUUGACAUUAAUUCUAUUUGCUACGAAUGUCAUGAGUUUGGAUCGGUUGCUAUUGGCUUUUGUGUUGACCCUUUAUAUGUAUGUGGCUUGGUCGACAGAUCACAAAGAUGUUGCAUAUCAGCAACAACAAUUGCAGCGCAAAAAACUUCAAUUAAAAACUCAGUAAGCAUUCUCAUUUAACGUUUAAGCGUUUCGUUUCUUAACUUGUAUAAUACUUAAAAAUAAAAUGACUAACUCAUUUGUACGAUUGAAGGAUCAAA